AUGUUACAAUUUAAAUUGGUAUUGUUAGGUGAUUCUUCCGUAGGUAAGUCUUCCAUUGUAAAUAGAUUCGUUAAGGAUUCUUUCGAUGAAUUUAGAGAGAGUACUAUUGGUGCUGCAUUUUUAUCACAGACAGUAACGAUUAAUGAUAAUGAUUCAGAUGUUGCUCAAGAGAUUACAGUAAAAUUUGAAAUAUGGGAUACAGCUGGACAAGAACGUUAUAAAUCUUUAGCUCCAAUGUAUUAUAGAAAUGCAAAUGCAGCUUUAGUGGUAUAUGAUAUUACACAAGCAGAUUCAUUAGAAAAGGCUCGUAGUUGGGUUCAAGAAUUGAAAAAUAAAGUAGAUGAUGAUUCCUUAGUCAUUUAUCUUGUUGGUAAUAAAAUUGAUUUGGUAUCAAAUAAUAAUGAUGAUCAAGAUAAAAGAGCUGUUGAGAGAAGCGUGGCAGAAACUUAUGCUGAAGAAAAUAAUCUAUUGUUUAGUGAAGUUAGUGCAAAGACAGGAGAAGGUAUUAAACAAGUCUUUCAAUCAAUUGCAGAAAAUUUAUACCAAAUUAGAAAGAAACAAGAUACAACUAAUAUUAACUCAACCCAACGUGGCAAUGCUCCAGUGGAUAUUCAUUUACAAAGACCAUCUACUAAUGAUUCUACAUCAUGUUGCAGUUAA